AUGUCCAGGGGGAUGUGGAAGUUCUCGUGGGGUUACGUCUUCCUGUUCCUCGCUUCUUGUGAAAGCAGAGAGCAGGUUGACUGUGUCUUCGAGGAUAGCACGCACAUGCCUCUUGAGAUCCUCGCGACUGACUACCACCCCCACGUCCUCGCCAACCCUGUCGAAAACAUCACCACUAACUCCCCAUCAUCUACGCCAACAAUUACACCGCCGUUGAAGUCGUCGACCUUUCGACGAGUCAUCCUCACUGCGGACGUGAUCUGCCACUCGUGCCACGUACCGAGAGACUCCUUCGACGCCUGA